GUUUUUCAUGCUGACAGUCCUAGAUGAUGUCUUCCUUAAACAAUUCGGGUUACCGUUGUGGAGUCAUGAUGGGGCUAAAAAACGAAGUUUGGAGAGGUUUGGUUGGAUAUAUAUGGUAACUUAGUAAGUAUAGAGGAGAGGUGAUCCCAUCGUUCAAUAGGUGAUUCGUUCGUGAGGCCCACUGCUUAUGUCAACUGUCAAGUUGUCAACGGCUGCUCUGCUAUCCCUUUUAUAUGUCCCUGUUAAGUGAUAAGUUGUUAUUAACAGGGAGGGAGAUCUAGAGAGAGAGAGAAUGCGUACUGGAGAAGGAAAGGUAGUGUGUGUCACAGGUGCAUCAGGUUUCAUCGCAUCCUGGCUCGUCAAUCUCUUGCUCCAGCGCGGUUACACUGUCAAAGCUUCGGUUCGAAACCCAAAUGACCAAAGAAAGAUUGAACACUUGCUCGCGCUUGAUGGAGCCAAGGAAAGACUUCAUUUGUUUCAAGCAGACUUACUGGAAGAAGGAUCCUUUGACUCUAUAGUUGACGGAUGUGAAGGUGUUUUUCAUACAGCAUCUCCUGUUCAGUUUUCAGUGACUGACCCACAGGCAGAACUAAUUGAUCCUGCAGUGAAGGGAACAAUUAAUGUGUUAAGAUCAUGUGCCAAAGUUCCAUCUGUUAAAAGAGUGGUUUUGACAUCAUCUAUGGCUGCAGUCGCAUACAACCGAAAUAUGCUAAGUCCUGGUGUCUUAGUCGAUGAAACUUGGUUCUCAGAUCCAUCGUUUUGCAAGGAGUCAAAGCUUUGGUAUCAGCUUUCGAAGACGUUGGCAGAGCAGGCUGCUUGGAAAUUUGCAAAAGAGUAUGGGAUUGACAUGGUUACAAUUAAUCCAGGAUGGGUGAUUGGUCCUCUCUUACAACCUACAGUUAAUUUAACUGUGGAGGUUUUUCUCAACCUCAUAAACGGAGCUAAAUCAUUUCCGAAUGCAACCUAUAGAUGGACCGAUGUUAGGGAUGUUGCCAAUGCACAUAUUCAAGCAUUCGAAAUUCCCUCGGCCAGUGGAAGAUAUUGUGUAGUCAACAAAUCUGCACACUUCUCUGAGGUGGUCAGAAUUUUGCAAGAGCUCUUUCCUGCACUUGACCUCCCUGACAAAUGUGAUUGGCACGCGACUGAAACUAAGCCACCCGUAGUAAGUGAGAAAGCAAAAAGUUUGGGCAUCGACUUCACUCCAUUCGAGGUGAGCUUAAAGGAUACUGUGGAAAGCCUGAAGGAGAAGAACUUCCUCGCUGUUUGAAUCAUGGUAGUUGCUAGCAAGUGAACGGAAAGCAGCUUUUUUGGACUUUAAUUUCCUUGUUUUGAAUUCCAUAUCUACAUGUGAUUUUCUAAGUAUUGAAGGUCUACAAUUUGUGUUUGAUUCAAGUCCCAUGUCUCGAAAUUUAUUGAAGAUUUUGCUUUUGAUCUAUGAAGAAUGUUGUCCAUUGGUUAAUCUACUUUCAUUGGUUCAC